AUGUCCAAAACUCUGUCAGCUUGUCUCGUCGCUGCGGCUUGCGUCUUCGCUUGUCUGCCAGACAAAGAUGAACUCGCCCAUCUCCGAGCCAGACGUCACGCAAGAGAGCCCCGUAGUCGUCAUCUCAAGCGCGACGUCGUAGAAUAUCCUCCCGUUCUCACCGACACCGAGAGCAUUCUCGUGAACUCGUUCGAUAACAACUCUGUUUCUGACUGGUCGCUUUACUACUCCUCGGGAUACCGUCUCGCUGGGCAUAACAGGUCUCAGGCGGAGUGGACGCAGCAGAAAUGGAUCGACCUAGGAUGGGAAUCUUGGAUUGAUGAAUAUUGGAUUUGGUACACGGAGCCGAUUGAGAGUACCCUCAAGUUGAACCGUCCUGAUGGUUCAUCUCACCAAGUUCAAAGACUUGAAGAUGCUCUGGAUGUUGAUCCACAAACGAACAAUCCUCAUGAACAGCCAGCCUAUCAUGCUCUUUCUGGGAGUGGAAGGGUGACUGCGGAAUACAUCUACGUGGGCCGCGGUUCUCGGGACGACUUCAAGAAGCUUAAGGACCUCGGUGUUGAGCUGGAGGGUAAGAUUGCCCUUGCGCAGUACGGCGGUUCGAAUCGUGGAGUAAAGAUCAAGAACGCUGAGGCGCAUGGCAUGAUUGGAACCAUCCUAUACACAGAUCCCCUGGAGGACGGUGAGAUAACCGAGGCAAACGGCUACCUUCCCUACCCAGACGGUCCUGCUCGACACCCCUCAUCUAUUCAAAGAGGUAGUACACGUUGGGGCUCCCUCUCAUUCGGCGACCCCUCAACCAUUGGCUACGCAUCAACCAAGGAUGCUCCCCGAAGCGACAUCUCUCCAUACGGACCCAAGAUCCCUUCUAUUCCCAUCAGCCCCAGAGACGGUCUCCAGCUUCUUCACGCCCUCGACGGACAUGGCCUCUCCGCCGAGAAGGUCAACAGAACCAACUACAAGGGCGCGUUCUCCAACGUGACCUACCACAGCGGUCCUGCCCCUGGUGCUACGCUCAACUUGGUCAACAUCAUGGAUGCCAGACUUGAGCCUGCUUAUGAUGUGCUGGCUUCUAUCAAUGGAACUAACCCCGACGAGUAUGUCAUUAUUGGAAACCAUCGUGAUGGAUGGACUGGAGGCGGUGCGGCCGAUGCUGUCUCCGGUGGCUCACUUCUCAUCGAAAUGGCAAAGGCUUUCGGAAAACUCGUUGAUCAAGGCUGGAAGCCCCGCCGAACCAUUAUCCUAGCUUCCUGGGACGCCGAGGAAUUUGGACUUAUGGGCAGUACUGAAUGGGUUGAGGACCAUCUGCCAGAACUUAUCGACAAGACUGUUGCGUACAUCAACCUCGACACAGCGGUAUCUGGACCUCGGGCUGAGAUCGUCGGCUCCGGAGAGAUUCAGACUAUUGCCAUUGAGACUAUGAAGAAGAUCCUCUUCCCCGAGGGAUAUGGUGCUGGCCCGACGCUAUACGAUGCGUGGUUCAAUGCGACGGAGGGAGUUUUGCCUGCUAUGGGUAGCGGUAGUGACUAUGCUGCUUUCUACCACAACGGCAUUGCCUCUCUCGAUAUUGCUGGAGGUCCUGGACCUAAGGACCCCGUCUACGCCUAUCACAGUCUUUAUGAUACCCACCGAUGGAUGACCGAGUUUGCAGACCCAGGCUUCCAUCUUCACGUCGCCAUGGGCCAGUUCGUCACUCUUCUCACAUACCACAUCGCCGACGACCCCCUCAUCCCAUGGGAUAUGGACCACGCCGGCUCUGCACUCCGCGACAUCUUCGAAGAUCUCGAAGAGAAGCUCGAAGAUAGAUUCUCCGAUUUUGACAUUGACCUGGGUCCUCUCGACGACGCCGUGGCUGCUUUCGAAGCCGCGGGUAAGAAGAUCGGUACUCUCGCGAAGCAAGCUCUGGCGCUCAACGAUACUGUUCUUCUCGGUGCUAUCAAUGCCAAGUACCGUGACUUUAGCCGCGGGUUUGCGAGUGCUGGUCUGCUGCCGGGUCGGUUCUCGUUCUACAAUGUUGUGAGCGCGCCGGGAUUGGACAGCGGGUAUGGAGCGGAUGUCUUCCCUGCUAUUCAGGAUAGUCUGGAUCAGGGUAACUUGACGCAGGCUGAGGAGUGGGUGGAGAGGAGUGCUAAGGCUGUUUUGCGAGCAGCUGAGAUUCUGCGUGUCGGGAAGUAG